UCCCGCACUUUUUUGCAUUGUAUAAUUUUAUUUUUUGCUUCUCUGAUAUUCCUUUAUACUUUCCCAAACAUUAUGCAGCCAGACAACAACGAUAUCGAGUCUAUACAUUCUUCUGCUCUAUCUGAAGCACCUACAGAGUCCAGUCCUCUUUUACCGGACGGACGCAAAGACAACAAGUAUAAAAACGACAAUGACGAUGGGUCCUGGUCUGGCGAGGUUCGAUGGCUUGUAGACAACAGUACGCCGAUUGUCGGCACAUACUUGCUGCAAUACUCUUUACAGCUUGCCAGUGUAUUCACCCUGGGGCAUCUGGGUCCAACCGAAUUAGCUGCGUCUGCGCUUGCCAGUAUGUUCGCCAGUGUCUCAGCAUGGAGCAUCGCAUUGGGUACAGCCACGGCCUUGGACACACUCUGUUCACAAGCAUGGACUGGUGCACGUGACAAAACCCUUGUUGGCGUUCAUCUACAACGAGCAUUGGUGAUUCUUGCUAUGAUCUUCUUUGGCUUUGUGGUACCAAUCUGGUGGAACGCUACACGGGUCUUGUUGGCCCUGAAUCAAGAGCCGGAGUUGGCUGACCUUGCAGGACUGUUUUUACGAUACCUCUUGCUGGGUGCGCCGGCAUUUAUUGCUUUCGAAGCACUGAAAAAGUAUUUACAAGCACAAGGAAUCAUGCACGCAUCUACUUAUGUCGUUAUGAUUGCCUCUCCUUUGAAUUUUGUAAUCAACUAUACGCUGGUGCACGUCGAGCCUGUGCGGCUCGGAUUUAUCGGAGCACCGAUCGCCACAUCGCUGAGCUAUUGGCUUAUGUUCAUUCUGUUGGUGCUUUACACCUGGAAAGUUCAAGGCAAGGAAGCCUGGGGCGGAUGGUCAGCCGAAGCUUUGAAAAACUGGGGACCGUUCUUGCGGUUAGCUGUUCCUGGAGCAUUGAUGAUAUGCAGCGAAUGGUGGGCGUAUCAACUGACAGCACUUGCCACGUCUUACCUUGGACGUAACAAUCUUGCGGCCCAGUCAAUACUACUUACAGCCGUGGCCACAUCUUUCCAAAUUCCGUUCGCCAUUUCAGUCGCUUCAGCCAACCGUGUUGGAAACUCCCUGGGCGAGUGCUUUGCUCUUAAAGCCAAGCGUGCAUCUAUCAUUUCAUUGAUAGUCGGUGUUGCUUUUGGCUUACUCAACUGUGUCUUUUUCAUAUCUACGCGCUCCGUUCUCGGCUACCUCUUUACUGCCGAUGAAGAGGUCGUCAUGACCGUUUCCCAGAUCAUUCCAUACUGUGCACUAUUUGUCAUUGGGGAUUCUCUCAAUGGCAUCUCAGCCGGCGUUAUUCGAGGACUCGGCCACCAAAAGAUCGCUGCUUUCAUCAAUAUCUGCUCCAACUACGUUUUGGCGCUGCCUAUGGCCUACGCAUUGACUUUCCAUGCAGGCUGGGGCUUGAUUGGGAUUUGGGUAGGCUUGUCGAUAGCCAUGCACCUCAGUGCCGUUGGUCAAAGCAUCUAUUGUCUUACUGUCAAUUGGGAUGCGGAGGUACAGCGUAUCACUUACAUUGUCAAGGCAGAGGAGGUUCGGAUCCAUGACACCGACGAAGGGGUUGUUGGCGACGAAAUCAGUUCCCGUUAUUAGCACCUUUUCUUCAGCCCUACACGAUUCUUUACUCCUCCAGCAUACAGCUCCUCCUUCAAACACUACCUACUGUAUAUAUAGAUGAAAAGGCUUCAAUGUAGCUGUUCUCAUCGUCACUGUACUAGCUUGCGUCUUUUUUAUACACCACGAUUACUGCGUUUCUUGUUUGUUGUUGUAUGUGUAGCACGUAUAUGACACACUAGAAAAUGAAAACAAGGUGCCCUUUUGUUUAUAUGAACUACUCGGAGAAAGUGCCACAUACGCUAGCAGUAGCAAAAAUCACUUGACAGGAGCAAAAAAGGUUUCAUGGCACGCCGACGAAGCAAGCCGAGCCGGAUUAUUACGUGACC